AUGGCCGGCGGCAACAAGCACAACAGCAAUGCGUCCGUUCCCGAAAAUGAAAUGUUCGCCUGCUUCACCGACACCCACGGCGUCAUAACAAGCACCAUGAACGACAUCCCCGGCUACAAAGUCACCAAAGUCCUCGGCACAGUCUACGGCCUAACGGUGCGCUCACGCAACUGGGGCGCCGGUCUAGGCGGUGUCGCGCGCUCAAUAGUCGGCGGAGAAAUCCGUAUCUUCACGAAGUUGCUGUACACAGCUCGCAACGAGGCCGUGGAGCGGAUGGUGGGGGAGUGUAUGUCCCGCGGCGGAAACGCGUUGGUGGCGAUGAGAUUUGACGUUGUUGAUAUGGGCGGGUUUUCGCAGAUUUGUGCUUAUGGAACUGCUUGUAUUGUUGAGAAGCUGGAUGAUUGA